AUGGAGCCCUUCAACUUGCAGGAUGAUGCGCGUCAGCGAUCUAUUGAUCGCCCAGGUCGCCCGCGCGAUCUGACCAACAUAGGCCACCCCCAUAAUGAUUUAGCAGACUCUUUAAACCGUCUAUCACUCGUCAAUGCUACCGCGACUCCUCUGCCCGCAUCUCCAGCUCUCCUUUCCACCCGCGAUCCCGCAUCGCGCUCUCCAGUGCCCAACCAGCGUACCCCUCGGCGCAGUCCCAGUUCCAACUCCCUACGUGACGAACGCCGCAAGUCAACACCAGUCAAGUCGACACCAGUCCUGCAGAAACGUACAUCAACCGCCUCACUACGCUCCGUCUCAAACCCCACCGGUCCAUCCUCGCCACUCCCCGAUUCGCGACGCUCAUCCGCCAACUUGGCGGGGUCCCCGACCACCGCCGCGUCGCCCGCAAUGUUGCCACCGCGCCUUCUUCCCCAGGGACCCACAGCAGCUUCGAUCGCGGCGGAGCAUUUCCAGAAGGAAGUUGAUCUGCAUCAAACGGAGGAUCUACAGUCCAAGACGGUCGUUAUUGUUCACGAUGCCUGCUACGGCCACCGGUUCUCGCGCCCCCGAACAACUAGAAACCACCUCGCCGCUAUCGUUGAGAGGCCAGAGCGCAUGCGGGCCUGUGUUGUUGGUAUCGCUGCGGCGUAUGUUCGGCUCGGCCGUCGUCAUAUCGGGGGACCGUAUGCGCCGCAUCCUAACCUGAAUAUCUUUACUCUGCCCCCACCAUUCCAAAUCCGCAAGACGGGCCGGACCCUCCUGCUUUCAGAUACCGCUGUUACCAACGUCCAUGGUACGCAAUGGAUGUCUGAUUUGAAUAGUAUGUGUGGAGUUGCGGAAUCUCGCCUCGCCCUGACUGGGAAGGAGCUUGUUCGACCGCCCGUUGAAGGUGGAGAUGCAGUCACUGAUCAGAAACCUCCUCCCCUUCACGAGGGAGAUCUGUACCUCUGCUCCGAAUCAUUGAGUGCAUUCCAAGGCGCAUUGGGCGGGGUUUGUGAUGGGAUCGAUACAGUUCUCGGUUCAGGCCCGACGACCCGGGCCUUCGUCUGUAUUCGACCACCCGGUCACCACUGUUCAUCUGAUUUCCCUUCCGGCUUUUGUUGGAUCAACAAUGUUCAUGUUGGAAUCUCCUAUGCGGCAACAAACCAUGGUCUCACGCAUGCUGCUAUCCUCGACUUCGAUCUCCACCACGGCGACGGCUCGCAAGAGAUUACUUUUGACCAUAACCACAAAGCAUUGACGCCGCCGCGAAAUCAGUCCGCGUACGAGAAAGCAGCUAUUGGAUACUACAGUCUACACGAUAUCAACUCUUACCCCUGCGAAGACGGCAAUCCGGAGAAAGUGCGUAAUGCUAGUGUGUGUGUUGAUGGAGCGCAUAAUCAAUCUAUCUGGAACGUGCACUUGCAGACAUGGGUGACCGAGGCCGAGUUUUGGAAUCUGUACGAAACACAAUACAUGACCUUGAUAGACAAGGCACGGAAUUUCCUUCGUGCCCAUACCAAGCGCCUUUCUGAAAUUCCCUUUGGACCUCCACCUAAGGCAGCUAUCUUCAUUUCUGCAGGUUUUGAUGCGAGCGAAUGGGAAGGGUCGGGCAUGCAGCGGCACAAGGUCAAUGUACCGACUGAGUUUUAUGCACGAUUCACAGCUGACGUUGUGCGUAUGUCUGAAGAGGAGGGCCUUGGUGUUGACGGGCGUGUGAUUAGUGUCCUGGAAGGGGGCUACAGUGACCGCGCCUUGAGCAGCGGUGUCCUCAGCCAUAUAUCUGGACUGGGAAGUGCGACAGAUGGAUUACAGUCUCAAUACGUCAAGUCUGAAACAGCUAGCCAGGAUGUUCUUUCUGCUCUCGAGCACCUUUCUGUUCAGGAGGGGUACGACAAGGAGUGGUGGUCUCCGAGCAUGCUGACCGAGUUAGAGAUGCUCAAUCUGCCCCCGGCCAAGGAUGAAAGGGAGAAAGCGAUUGAACACCAGCUGCCUCCACUCCCAGAGGUCGGAUGGGCAACGGCAGCCCAUGAGCUGUCGAAAGUCCUGAUUCCCGAGAAUCGACAAACAACCAGCUACCGAGCUGAAGAGCUCAACGCUGAGGCAUCCCGACAACGACGUGAUCGCCAGAUUGCAUUGGACGGUGGUGUCAAUCCUGCUAUCGUUCCGCCGCCUCCUCCGGCUCCCAUUGAUGAGAAGCGCCAGCUGCGUGUACGCAAAAAUAAAUCCCCAACUCCUUACUCACCUCGCCCCGCCACUCCUCGCCAACAAGCCAUGCGUAAGAAUCGACGAACAACAAUCGAUGGCAACGACCUACCCAGUCCUUCGGGAGAGUCCCCUUCCGUGGAUGCGAGCCGCAGAAAAAGUGUUAGUGGGGUGGCGCCUAUCGAGAUAGGCAAGUUGGAAAGCUCUGCCAAUCCAACCAGGAGAGCAUCCUCGGCCGCAUCAAUGAAAUCCGCUACAGGGACUGUCACCGGCCUCCGAAAAUCAAACAGCUCCCGACCUGCAACCCCCAAACGAUCUGCAAGCCCCCGCAAGGCUCCACCUGUUCCCAAGGUCCCAAAUGCUUUCCUUCCAUCCAAGCUGUCGGACCAGGUCCCACCAUCCGAUGAUGUGGAGAAUCUAACGUCGGGGCUUCGGAAGAUAAAACUAGUUAUGCCCUCGCCUGAGGAACAAGCAGCGCGUGAAAAGCAAGCUGCAGCAGACGGAAAAUUGUCCCGUGGAAGUCGCACUCUCAAAUCUCCACGUUCCCCUCGAAAGAGCAGCAGCACCAGGACAGCACGCGGUCGAGGUACUCGCACUGAGCCUUCAUCCAGCAUGUCACCCCCAGCUCUCCCCGAUCCAACCAUUGGACUGGGUAUGCAAGACAAUAUCGCAACGACCGGCGCGACGUUCGUCAGCGCAGGAGCUGUCGGCGCGGAGGCUAUCAGCGUAGGGGAAUCGAGACCUAAUCCAACGCCGGCAGUCUCAUCGCCAUGGGAAGGAGCCAGAGUGGAAACAGAAACAAGCAUCGCAGACCCAAUCUUCCCGGCCUCCGUACCAACAGAAGUUCUAACUCCUUCGAUGCGACCCACAUCCAUGCCCGCCGCAGAAUCAAACUACAUCUCAGCUGGCAUGCCAUCGCCACACACGCCCGAAAUCGCAAUGGUCUCAAGCGCUUCGGUUAAGAACUCUGUCUCACAUGCAAGAUCCAUGUCACAUGGAAGAUCUGUCUCGAAUACAUUUUCUCCAGCAGCAACGACAGCCGCACAGACGAAGCAGGGUCUACCUGUUUUCACGUCCACCAGUCCUAUCCCUUUUGCCACGGAGUUUUCUCAAAAUCAAAAUCCGCUACAGCAACAAGCGGCCCAUAAUGCCAAAGCUAAAGCCCAGGCUCAAGCUCAAGCUUUGCAUGUAUCACACCCGCGCCACGAUCCUAACCAGCAUAUCAUCAGCGAUGAUGAUAGUCCGCUUGGUCCGCCGCCUAUUCCUCAUAAUUUUCAACAGAAUCGGCGGUUUUACUCGCAGUGA